GACCUUUUUAUCAAAUCAUAUGACAGUCAAACGUGAUCAUGUCACCAAAUGGCAUGAUUUAUGCAUUGCAGUUUGGAGGGUAUUCUUAAAAAUUGUAACAAGUAUCACGUUUCGGCUCUGAUUCAAAAGGGCGUGAUGUCGUUUCCUCUGUUCAAAUUGAACGUUCAUAACGCUUAAACCACACCAAAAAUAUUUUUUUUCAGUCGAGUUGCAUUUGAAAUGAGAGCCAUWACGAGUCAAAGCAUGGUCAAAUAAAAGAACAUCUCGUCAGCGUCACACGGAUGUGAUACAAAACAUUGACAAAGUUGGAAAACAUCCCAGAAGCGCUUGAAAGGUGCAAUUCCUACCUCUCCCUACUACCCCAAGGGAACCUAAUCACAACAAGGAUGGGUGAGACCGCUGUUCUCUAUGGCGACCAAAAGGUCAUUUUUCGUGUGAUCUCGUCGAUUCUCGUCACCUUUAACUUGGUUGGUAACGCGUUGGUGGUCAUUACGAUCGUGCGCAGUCAGUUACUGCGGACACCAAUGCACUACCUGUUGGGGAAUCUUUGCUUUKCUUACAUCAUCGUGGCUAUUUUUUACAUUCCUAGUUACGUCAUCAAUGACAUUUUCAAGUACCCGGAUGACCAAACGGCAGCUGAUUUCUGCUGUAAGUUUCUGACGUCUCCUAAUUUGUCUUGGGUCGGCCUUCAGGCGUCGGUUUUUACGCUAGUGACAAUGGCGUUUGAAAGAUAUUUCGUCAUAUUACAUCCGCGGAUUGCAAUUGGUAGAUUCACUAAAUCUGGUCUCGUGAAGGUCUUUGUUGCAUGCUGGAUCUACGCAUUUGUUAUGAAUAUUCAAUACUUUGUGCACAGCGUCUACGACCGGAAGAUCAACCAAUGCGGUGCUAAUUGGUCGCCGGAAGUYCGCAGGAUAAGCGUUUUGAUCUGGUUAUUUAGUUGCGGUAUUGUCCCCAUAGCUGUCAUGGGAUUCCUUUACGGAAAAGUCGUGCGUAAUAUCCACGUACGCUGGAAGAGAGAAACGGCUGUUUCCCGUAGGGCGUUGCUAAGAUCACGAAGGCGUAUAACCAAGACUAUCAUUCAAUUAGCUGUUAUAUACUCGGUUUUAUGGCUUCCUAACAUUGUAGUAUGGGCUGUAGGACCCAGCUUUAAACAAUACGGUGAGCUACUUGCAUCCAGUGAAAUGUGCUUGCUGGCAAUCGGUUGCACAAUACCAUGUGUUUACACAAUCAAGGACGAGCAGUUUCGUUUGUGUUUGAGCACAUUAUUUACAUGUGGCAAUAGGGUGGAGUCUUUGCCGAACGAAGUCGAAGAAAAGUCUGUGGUUAAGAAGGUACGUUUUGCAACGCCUUUUGUUUUGGUCCCAAGACUUGAAAUGGAACAUUAUCGUGGUACAUGAUAAGCAGCCUGAGGGGAAUUGCGCCGGCUCUAGUGUGUCUAUCAAUCAAAUGGUUUUGAUCAGGUUUUGCAGCAUCAGUGUCGUGGUGCACGAUACAGAAUCGGAGCAAACUUGAGUUUAUUAUGGAAGGGGUAAUACGUUUUGCCACACCUUUUAUUGUGGCCCCGAGACCAAAAUGGACCCUUAUUGAUCCGUCCAGAUAUCGUUCCUUGUGUGCUCCAUGAAAGGAGAAAUUGUCUUGUACUCGGUGUGUCCGUAGAUGGUAGAUAAGGCCCAUCUGUGCAYGGAAAAGCGACCACAUGGUAUUCCCCACAUGUGGUCUGUGACUUCUAUAGAGCUACUGACUGAUCUUUACGGAGUUGGCGUUUUGAUUAAAUGUCUUCUUUAGGGGCGUGUGCAGGGUUCUCAUGAGUGGGGGUUCGUUUCCAGCUUUGUUGUGGCUUCAAGAAUGCAAAGAAGCGCGAUUGACUGCAAAAUUGCACGAGUAWUAUUUAGGUCCACACCAAACAAACUGUUAGACUAUCCAAAAAUGUGUUCAUGCUAUUGAUUUGCAAAUAAAGUCUCAUUUUGGCCAGUUUACACUUGCRAUUUUUGCAGAGCGAUUCUCGAGGAGAUCGUCGCGCCACCGUCGCCUGAGUUUCGUACUUGCUUGAAAAUAGGCUGCAAAUUCGCGGCGAUUUUCCAUCGCCGAAGCUAUCGCAGGGUUGCAUUUUGCACGUACAAGUUUACCUGCUCGAUAGCAAAGUGGCGACUUAUCGCGCUGCAAAAAUUGCAAGUGUAAACGGGUCUUUUUAAAGACUUUGUAUGUCUAGGAGGGGGACUCAACCAGUGCGUACGCCCUGGUUGUCUUGAUACUCGAUUUUGAUAUCUUCACAGAAAGUUUAACCCUGUUAUUGGCUUGGGUGCACCAUAAUAUGUAUAACAAUAAGAUUGAAGAUUGUUACAUGUAAUAAAUAUCAAACAAAGAGGUACA